AUCAGUGCCCUGAUGAUCAGUGUAGUCCAUCAGUGCCUUGCGUCAGUGCCUCGUGACAGUGCCUAUCAGUACCACAUCAAUGCCACAUAUCAGUGCCUGCCAGUGCCCAUCAAUGCCACAUAUCAGUGCCCAUCUGAGCUGCCUUUCAGUGUCACCCAUCAGUGCUGCCAAUCAGUGCCGCCUAACAGUGCCAGUCAGUGCUGCCUAUCAGUGCCAUGUAUCAGUGCUGCCUUUCAGUGCCCAACAAUGAUGCCUGUCAAUGCCCAUCAGUGCCACCUACCACCUAUCACUGCCCAUCACUGCAGCCUCAUUAGCGCACAUUAGUGAAGGAGAAAAAUCACUUUUUUAUAACAAAAACUAAGAAAAAAUGUUUUUGUUUUUUUUCAAAAUUUUCUGUGGUUUUUGGUUUGUUUA